UCGGGCAUGGCCCCUCCCCCGCCCUCUCCGGCCAAGUUGGGUGAGGAGGCAGGAGCGAGCGCGCGCCCCUCCCCCCUGCCCUGGGGUGGGGGGUGGGGUGGGAGGGGGGGGCGAAGAGAGGCCAAAAAAAAAAAAAAGAAAAGAAAAAGGAGGCGGGAACGCGCUCCGGCGGUUUUGCGCCCCCCCCCGUCACCCCUCCGCGCGGCUCCCCUUUCCCCCCCCCUCCACAGCCCCGUGAAGGGGAGCGCGGCGAGAGCGAGUGGCCGUUGUUGCCCCCUCAGAGCGUGCAGACGUGGGAGUGCAAAUACUUCUAAAUGAAUAAUCAGAAGGAAGACAUGGAGAUUGCCUCCCAUUAUCAUCAUCUGCUUCAGGAACUCAAUGAACAAAGGCAGCAUGGUAUCCUCUGCGAUGUAUGUAUUAUAGUGGAAGGAAAGAUUUUCAAGGCUCAUAAAAAUAUUUUACUUGGGAGUAGUCGUUAUUUCAAGACAUUGUAUUGCCAGGUGCAGAAGACCUCUGACCAAGCCACAGUCACUCAUUUGGAUAUUGUAACGGCACAGGGCUUUAAAGCAAUCAUUGACUUCAUGUACUCAGCACACCUUGCAUUGACCAGCAGGAAUGUUAUUGAGGUGAUGUCAGCUGCCAGCUAUCUUCAAAUGACUGAGAUUGUGCAAGCUUGCCACAAUUUCAUAAAGGCUGCUCUUGACAUAAGCAUAAAGUCUGAUGCAUCGGACGACCUUAUUGAUUAUGAGUUUGGGGCUUCCUCUAGCAGCAGUACGGAUGCCCUGAUUUCUGCUGUCGUAGCUGGUAGGAGCAUAUCACCCUGGCUGGCUCGAAGGACAAGUCCAGCAAACUCUUCUGGAGAUUCAGCUAUUGCUAGCUGUCAUGAAGGAGGAAGCACUUGUGGAAAAGAGGAUCAAGAGCCAAAAUCAGAUAGUCAUGAUGACAUUUCAUCCCAGUCUCUUUGGUCUACGGAUUUGGCCUAUGGGACUUUGCGUGUCAAAGAAGAACAGAUCUCUCCUGCUCAUUAUGGAGGGAAUGAAUCACAGUCUGCCAAAGACAGUGCAAUGCAAAAUGCUUUCUCAGAGCAAGGAACUACAGAUGGGUGGCAGCCUACAGGGCGUAGAAAGAAUAGAAAAAAUAAGGAUACCGUGCGCCAUAUCACACAACAACUUGGAGAGGACAGCAGGACAACUUCACCAGUGCCACCUUUUCUAACUGCCCCUGGAUGGCCAUACAGUAAUCAAGAAGCAAGUGUGGAUCUGACAGGGGCAGAGCCCAGCAAUUCUGACAACAGAAUAGAGAGAGUGGAUCUUUAUGCAAAGGUUGAUGAAGCACUCCUAGGAGGUGAUGUGAGUUAUCUCUCUCAGCCACUUACUCCAGAGAAAGAGGAUGCACUUCAGGCUCUAGCAGUUGCUAACUUGCGGGCAGCUCUUAUGAACAAGAAUAGCUUAUUGUCCUUGAAAGCUGACAUGCUGGGAGAAGAGAGUUCUCUGCUCUUUGAAUAUUUACCCAAAGGCACACACUCAUUGUCUUUAAAUGAGUUCACGGUCAUCCGGAAGAAGUUCAAGUGUCCCUACUGCAGCUUCUCCGCCAUGCACCAAUGCAUCCUGAAAAGGCAUAUGCGAUCCCACACAGGAGAACGUCCCUACCCGUGUGAGAUUUGCGGGAAGAAAUUCACCCGGCGAGAACACAUGAAGCGGCACACCUUGGUUCACAGCAAAGACAAAAAAUACGUCUGCAAAGUGUGCAGCCGAGUCUUCAUGUCCGCGGCCAGCGUGGGCAUCAAGCACGGUUCCCGUCGCCACGGCGUGUGUACUGACUGUUCCGGCCACGGCAUGGCUGGCCACUUAGAAGCCGGUGGCGGAGACGGGUCCCCGGAUGGAUUGUACGGCACCGAGGGCCCUUACGCGGAAGACCCCGAUGACCUCAAGGCGGAAGGAGAUGAAGAGGAAGAAGACGACCUGAAAUGGAAAGAGGAGAUGGAGAUCUCACAAGACGAGGCCAUCUUGGAAAACGACAAAGAUGGUGCUGACUCUGCCCCAGAGAACCCUGGGGAGACCGACAAGGAUUUCACUUGGAUUUCUUAGGGAUUGUGGGGGGGUUUCCUGACGGUUUGGGGAUCGCAGGGUGGGAAAAGCUGUAUCAGGGAAGCUCCAGUAGCCUGGCCAUUGUCCCCAUGUAUAGAAACGCGUUAUGUGUGAAGACUUCUUUUUUUUCUCCAAAGAACAUCUGAUAACUUCUCUUUCAGAUUUUUGCAUCAAUGAGCAUUUUCCCUCAAUGCUGUCACUUCCUUCUUUGAAAUCCUUCCAACCGUUUUAAAAAUAGGAAAAGAAGAAACUCCCUCACUUCUUUUCAAAUCUUUUCAUUCGGAACCCAACCAGGUUACAUGCAGGCAGCAUGGGGUUUCCUCUCUCAAACAUAUAUAUCAAAGGUGGGUUUCAACAGGUUCUGACCAGUUCUGGAAAACCGGUAGCGGAAUAUUUUUUUUUUUAAUUUGAAUUUAUACCCCGCCCUUCUCCGAAGACUCAGGGCGGCUUACAUUGUGUUAAGCAAUAGUCUUCAUCCAUUUGUAUAUUAUAUACAAAGUCAACUUUUAUUGCCCCCAACAAUCUGGGUCCUCAUUUUACCUACCUUAUAAAGGAUGGAAGGCUGAGUCAACCUUGGGCCUGGUGGGACUUGAACCUGCAGUAAUUGCAAGCCGCUGUGUUAAUAACAGACAGACUUAGUCUGCUGAGCCACCAGAGGCCCUACUCAUUUUGAGUAGUUCGGAGAACCGGUAGUAAAAAUUCUGACUGCCCCCGCCCCCAUUUAUUCUCUGCCUCCCAAGUCCCAGCUGAUCGGGAAGAAAUGGGGAUUUUGCAGCAUCCUUCCCCUGGAGUGGGGUGGGAAUGGAGAUUUUACAGUAUCCUUCCCCUGCCACGCCCACCAAGCCACGCCCACAGAACUAGUAGUAAAAAAAAUUGAAACCCACCACUGAUACAUUAUAUAUAUAUAUAUUAUUUUUCCACGGGUCAAACUUAACAUAGAGAGAACAUGUGCUUCUCCAACGAUAAUGAUCAAAAAAUGUUUUAAAAUAACUACCCUCCCAGCAGCAGGGGAACGUGGUAUCAAGGUUACCGCUGGUAAACAAAACAGUGGGAAGCCUCUGAGAUCCCAGCUGGAGAGAACAAUAGCUUUUGCCGUUUGCCGCAGCCUUCACUAGACUGUUGUCCUCUUUCCCUGAAGUGGGUUGAUCAAAGGAUUAAUUUAGCCCACUGGCAUUUGAAUAACCUCAGGUUGCCUCCAUUUAUAACUUGCUUUGCUAAUGGGGGCCCCCUUGUGGCUAAGCCUCAAAAAUCCACUUUUCUGCCUUGCUCGCUCAUUCAGAAAUAGCUGCGUUGGGUUGGUUGCUAAGCCAAGCAUCGAGUAACGACGUCGGCUGGGCCGAACUUUGCCGCUGUGUCGAGUGGGGAACCUCUACAGAUCAUCUGUGGCACGGUCCCUCUCAAGGAACGAGUGCUUAUCAGUCCACAAGACCACAUCGCUAUAGCAAACGUGGUGAGCAGGAAAUUUCCACUUGGUUUCCCUUCUCCAGCCUGGAUAUCAGAAUAGAAUAACAGAGUUAGAAGGGACCUUGUAGAUCAUCUAGUCCAACCCUCUGCCUCAGAUGUCUUUGACCGCCCUAAGAAACUCUCACCUGUUCCUCCAAAGGCCUUAAAACCUCUUUAUCUGGAGUUUUAGGAUCUCCACAUUUGGAGAAGCAACCUUCGGUAUUUAAAGAAGCUAUUUCAUGACCGUUCUUCUCUCUAAUGAUUGAAUAGGAUUUCUGGCUGGUUGCUUGCUACUUUUCUGGGACAGCUUUCGAAGGGUCAUUUGGCCAAUUUGUUCUUUUUAUCUUUGCCUCCUGCCUUGAAGCGGAAAAAGUGCAUCUGAAACCUCUUGUUCUUAGCCACAGAACCUGUAGUUUCAUUCCGAAUACUUGUGAGGCUCAAAACCAUUAUCUUAAAACUGACCUUAAAAAACAAACUAGUCUCUGUCAGAGAGGUAAAACAGUUAAAGGUGCUGAUUCCGUGUGUGCGUGUCUAACAUAGGUCUGUGUAUUGUCAGAUCUGAUGACAAAGGUAACAUAUCAUGAUUUCUAAAGAGUAAUAUAUCUUUUCCUUUUCUGGCGCUUUUUCUAACUUUUGGAAUCGUGGAAUGUUUUAAUAAUGUAACUUAAGGAGUUGGGAAGAUCCUAGUUUCAGAGUUUUGUUUCAUUUUCUCUCUUACUUUUCAACUGUAGCUACUUCAUAAGUCAACGGAAGAGGGAGAAGUGUACAAGAAUGGAAGACACCUGGCAUUGUUAAUCCUCCAGAAAGAAUCACCUUAAUGUUUCUAAAAGAGAGAAAGUGAAAGAAAAGCAUCAUUUCCUAGCUAAAGAACUUCCUAUGCAGGUGUUGGAAGAAAUAUCCAUCUGGGUUCAGUUCCAAGUGGGGACAAAGACACUGGAAACAUGGAGGCUGCUUGGAAAGAUGGUUUAAUGGUGGCCAGGAUCACAUGGCUUGAGAUCCUGAACAGAAAAGGGCUGAGAUCCUGUGUGCUCCCUGGCUUUAUGCUUUUUCUGAGCUUUGAACUUUCUGGGGCACAGGAAGAGUAUCCUGAUUGGUUGUCAAGCUCCCAGGUGGUCUAGGGGUCUUAGCUAACAUUGUAGGUUGUCCCUCAAGCUUGCCUGAGCCUUGCCAUGUGGUGAGUUUCUGUUCUAGAUGGGUUCUAUUAUGAUGCAGAUGAUGGUUGACAAAGGUGGGGGGAAAUGAGUGAGCUUAGCUGAGGCUUUAAUGGCCCAUUGACAAAGGUGGGGGGGGGAGUCAGGAAGCUGCUUUGUCUUUAAAACAUCUUUCUCCAUUUCUCAUCCAGGGAAAUAUAUUCUUCCUUUUAAAUAUUUUCUAAAAUAUUUCAUUCUUCUAGGAGGGGGGUGGGUGCUAAAUCCCUACACAGGUUUGUAGAGAAGCACCCUUGGCGUAACGUACUAAACCCAGUUAGAAAACGAGUGCAGAAGUGGUGCCGAAUUGCAGGGGGUUGUACUUACGAUUAUUUUUAAUUUAUUUAUUAAACUUGUAUGCCGCCCAUCGCUCUGCAAAUGACUCUAUGAUGUUAUAAAUAACCGAAUAAAAGAAUUACAGAAUUACAAUGUUAAAACAUUAAAUGCUGAAACUUUAAAAGUAACAUUAGAUAAAAAGAACCAAUGCAUAGAUGGGACGGAGGCAGGGGUGGGUUCUACUUACCUUUGCUACCGGUUCGCAACUGGAGCUGCGCACGUGCAGAUCGUACCUUAUGACAUCUGGAUGAGUGGGCCGCUUUUACUACCGGACCGAACCGGGAGCAACCCACCACUGGACGGAGGUGAGAUCUUGUACUAGUCUAGUAGCCCCUUUCAAAAUAGGAGGCCCAUAUUGAGGGCCCUAAAUCAGUUGACAGGUUUUCAGGCUUUAAGGUAGCAUUAUCCAUCCCGUGAUCAUGACAAGAAAAUACAUCCCAGGCCUUAAUGCAUCAAUGCAGUAAUGUUAGUCUCCUAUUUUGGGCUGGCCUUUAAGCACACCCUGUUUCAAAGGGCGCAUAUACUUGUAGCACUUAUAGCCAGUCUAACUGGAGAUCAUGGAAAGAUAGAAAAUAAUGGAUUCUUCAGAGCAAUAAAACUGUCUGCUUGUGCUUCUAUAGAUUCUAGAACAGGGGUCUCCAACCUUGGCAACUUGAAGACUUGUGGACUUCAACUCCCAGAAUCCCUCAGCCAGCAAAGCUCUGGGAGUUGA